AUGUCCACACGUGAUAGCAUUGGGAGCAGCGAGUCUAGUGAUAGUGAUGUAUUGGGAGUAGGGAAUAGUUUUCUCGAGGACCAGGUCACUGCGGUCAAUCAGGAUGUGGCCGCUGCCGAUAGUCAUGUGAGAAGCAUAGCCGACGCCGAGAACGUGAACUUCAUCGACGACGGACGGAAUAGUAGAAGGACGGGAAUGGAGAUGGAUAGCAGUGCUGAUAGAGAUCGCCUCGGCCUCAGUUUCUCAGGACCGCUUACUGUAGACAUCAGGUCGAAUGCUGCGAAUAAUAUGUUAGUGUCAGGACCACCCCCAGGACUGACGGAUAGAAACUUGGAGAUCGUGGCGGCGAUGGAUAGUGCGGGGAGGUCGGGAGGACUGGGCUAUGCCGGAAUAGCGGACACGUCGGGCACUCAGGGGAGGGACGCAGACGAAGGAUUGCAGGAGAUGCUCGCAAUCCCGUCGAUAGCAGAUAGAGGGGAUGCCGUAAUGCAGCUCAGCAUGCUUGCAAGCCGUCCUGUAGUGUUUGAUCCAGUUAUGGGAGCUACAGAUUUAAAUGAGUAUAGGGCCGGAAGAGGUGGGAUAGAAGCGGGAAACGCUAGGACUCCGACGCUUGCUAUCGAGGAUCUGGCUGGAAUAGAUGAAAGGAUGGAAGAGGGACCGUUCGUCAUCCCCUCCGAGCCUGUGUCCCACGGGACGAAUUACGAGUCAACGGGAGGUGCCAAGGGAAUCACUGGUUCCAGGUUAGAAAUGGCGAUCGAGGACAGAGUGGAUAGUCUUGCAGUGUCAUCAUCGUCAGAUCAUGAUAGGACGAUCAGGAGGAAUGAUGAUGGAAUAGAUGCGAUGAUGCCUAGUGGCGAGCUCGGUGCGGAGGGCGAUCGAACGAGAAGUGCGGAUAGCGGACAUUGGAUGGGCAGAGGGAAUGGAGAUGAUCUCGUUCCAGGAGUGUAUUCGAAUAGUGCGACCAUAAUUGGGAAUGUCGGUGCCGAUCCUACAGACCUGGAGUUGAUAGCUAAGGGAUCGUCAGCGGUAGCGCAGAACGUGGUCAGUGAGAGCGAUGAUAGAGCACUGUCUGUAUUUUCAUCUACAGGUCUCUCGGAGGCAUCACCAGGCGGGAACGUUGAAGCGUUGAAAGAUGUGGGGAUGGGUCAGACUAGGACGAUCGGAAUAGAGUGGGGAUCCCAUGGAAUCCGGAGUACGCUCGAGGAAACGGGGGUCAUCACUGACAUGGACUUUGCAAAGUUCUUCACAGAUCAGGGGCCAGGAGAGCCUGGAUCAACGCCCAUAACGAUGCAAUCGGAUUCGCAGGAACGGUGGAACGCUGGGAUAUAUGGCAAGAUGGAUGAGGGACUGCGUAAGCAACGAGCGGAGCAGGCCGUUAAGGAGAUGAACCAGAUAGCCGAGAGUGUCCCCGCAGCGAAGAAGUCGAAAUCGACAGAAAUUGGGGGACCGAUCCAUCAGGCAGGAAUGAUCACCCCGGAUCAGGGUAGCGAAGGAUGGGGCAAUCGAUCCCCGGCUCCACGAUCUCCUGGGAUAGGUGGGCAGUACGAGCAUUUCGGGAUCGAUACUCCUCCUGAAGGACGAGGCAGGAACGACGAGAUGAGGGCAACAUCAUCCCCACCCAGGCGGGCAAAGAUGAGAGCUCCUGCUGAUCCGGACAAGUCGUCGUUGGGAGAGAUAGAUGGCAGGAUAGAUGACUUGCAGACGGUGGUUGUGGACACGCAGACCGACGUAGCCAAGCUUAAGGAGCUGAAAGAGAUGAGUCGGAUCAUGGACGGGAGCGUCAGCGAGGAUAGGAUGGAUGAUGCAAUGGCUCCGCAACUGACCGAGGGAGCAAUGCAGCUCGCACGGAGAAUGAGACGGCAGGUUGAAAACGUGAAGGUGCUCAAGACCUCUGUUACGACUAGAUUGAAGGGAGUGGAGGAGCGAUUGUCCACAGCGGAGCAUUCAGCGGACAUAGCCAAACAGAGUACUGGGACGAAGAUCACCACGUUAGAGACAGGAUUGAACGAGGUGAGACGUGGCAUAGGUGUAGUCUUCUCGAGCGUGCAAAUGCGACACGAGAAUGGAACAUGGAAGAACGAGAGACUGGAUAAAGUAGAGACGGUUUUGAAUAGACAGUGGGACCAGAUCAAGAUAGCGGGCGAGGAACUAAGGAAGCUGAAGUCCAAGGGGAGCCAGAAAGCCGGAACAGAUACGGCAUCGUCGUCACAUUGCAACAGCCAAGGAAAAGGUCCUGGAUGCGGAUGCAGAGAGCCUGGCGAGGGUCACGGCACGUGCAUAGAUGGGGCAGUGCGGGGCGAAACCAAGAAGCUGAGUGAAGUGGUUCUGGCGCAGAAGGAACACAUAAUGACCGUCGCGAGAGAGGUGAUAAAGAACCGCAAAAGCGUGGCUGAGAUUGUGGCGAACAUGACGAAGGUUCACAAGACUUGCGAGAAUGUCGCGGCAAGGACCGAUCGGAUGGAUGAGAAGAGAAACGGAGAACAGGCCUGGGUGAAGGAUACCGUGCGAAAGAUGGAAAAGACAAUGGAGUCAAUGUCGAGCCGUAUGAUAGAUGAACAGAAGAGAGUCACGGGCGAAUUUAUCCUUGUCAAUGCUCGAAUUGAUGAGAGCGCACGGAACGAAGGGCUAGGCAAGAUGCGAGGAAACGGUGCGGAGAUAGGAAAGCCACCGACCAUGUCACGCGGACGAGAUAGUCAUGGUGGGAGUGGGGGAGCUGACGGAAGAGCCAGGAGCGACAACGCCCGAGGAAUAGAGACUUCGAGGACGGAAUCGGCAGGUCCAGUGGUAGAUCGAAGGAUUGAGAAUAAAUGCAUUGUGUUAGAACAGCAGGUGACCAAGAUCACUAGUCAAUUGCAGGGGUUGACCACUGUGAAUGAGCGGAUCGUGAGGGAGAACGCUAGCCUGCUUAGUGAGAUAGAAAGCAUGAAGGGGGAGAACAAAGGAGUGACAGAGUCGGUAGCGCGGAUGGUUCGGGAUAGUAGAGAUGAGAUAUCUAAAAUGAGAGCGGAUCUUGAUCUCCGAGGUAGAGAAAUGAUAGAACUCAAGGAGAAGAACGAGCAGUUGGAGGCAAUGGUACGGGAAUAUGAACGGAGACUGGAGCAGGUGAAACGAAACGAUAGCCUUAAAGCAGAGCUGGAUAGCAUGUGGCAUAGAAUCGGUGAGAUCGGCAAGCAAAGCUCCGAGUACGCCAUGCCAGCGCCGGGUGCGGGAGGUGCUUCGAACGCUGGCUCCGCAAGACCAAGUGCCGGUGCCACGCCUGUUGCGGAAGAGAAGUGUGUGGUAAUUGCUAUGAAUACCAUGAUGACUUGUGCAUGCUGUGCUCCACUGAUAGACGGGGAUGCGAUGCCGGAGGGUAUGCAGGGACAGGACUUCCAAGGCCGCAGAGUGGACGCGAUCGUGAAGGGGACGAUGCCAGGACUGUGGCUGGGCGAUGUUGCACACACUGCGAAGGCUGCGUAUCUGUAUGACGGGGACUAUGCAUACACGCAGGUAUUGAGGGUACGCGAAAGGAGCGAAGCGAUGAUAGACAUGGAACUCAAGUAUCCUGCGUUGGAGAACCAGCUUUUUAGCGGAUUAAAGAGAGCAAUAAAGUCAGAGUCAUUGUCGGCGAAGGUGAAGAUGGAGAUGUACAAGACUCAGCAAGUGGGGGAUGGAAAGCCGAUGACGGCCAUGAGAUUGCUUACGCUGAUAGUAAAGCAUGUUGAGAUCCCGAUUGCAAAAGAGAGUCAGGUGCUGUACGAUGGCCUGAGUAGCACGAAGGUGAUGAGUUUCCCGGGGAAGCCCGAAGAGGAGGCACUGGAGGAGUUCAUGACUAGAUGGGAUCUAGCGCACACGAACCUUAUAGGACUGAAAGGCAAUACCUGGAGCGAGCAACAGCUGGGAUGGAUGUUGCAUUCGAAAGUGCAGAGAGUUCAGGUGCUGAACCACGAUAUUGAGGCAUGGAGACUGCUUCCGGACGAGGCCAAGACUCAUACCUGGUUGCGAAAGAGAAUCAAGGAUAGACUGGAGAUGUGGAGAGCGGACAAGAACAUAGACGAGGCAUCAAUGCGGGUGAGUCGACAGGCAUUCACGAGUGGGUACGGGGAAAUAGCUACGGAAGAGGGAUAUCUGUGGGAAGAGGCAGGGACGGACUUUCGCAGGCGGGGAGAGCCGAUGACCCGAAGAAUAGAUAUGGCGGAAGAGGUCCUCAAGAAGGCCAGCGAGGAUAGCCAGGUAUAUGCGGCCAUGCCUGUGGUACGACAAGGGGAAGAUGGCGCCGAAGGCACGCAUAGGGGAAUACUGGUGACGACGACAGGCAGGGAGCGAGUGAAGAAGGGUAAUAGGCGAGUCAAGGGGUUGGGCUCCGAAGAGACGGGGAUAGCAGGACUGGAUAUAUGCUAUUGGAAAGGACACACAGCUGAUAAGAUGGUACGAAAAUGCAAAAACGUACACAAGAAGGGGUAUGUACAUGAUGUGAAACGAUAUCCCGUGAUUGAAGAGGCAAAGGCAAGGCUACGAGGAAUAUCCCUAGCCGAAGAGGUCGUGCUGGACAUACUUGCCGGGGAGCAAGGCGAGGAAGGUAGGGAUGCAUCAAGACUGGCUGAUAGGAUAGUGGAGGAAUGCAGGAGAAUAGGUAUAGUCGACGAGAGAUUCCGCGUGGAUAGUCGAGAGGUUAGUCAACCGGCGGCGUCUGCACAGCAUUGCUUGCCCCCGGUAAUGAGACGAUGGAUGAUAGACUCGGGGUGCGCUAUGGAUCUAAUAGCAGAAGCAGACCUCACCCAGGAUGAAAAAGAUAUGGCCAUUGAGGCGAAGAAAGUGAGGUUCAACACUGCCAACGGCAACACCACGUCAAAGCAAGAGAUAUGCAUGGAUAUACAAGGGAUGCCUGAGACGAUGAGGAUUAGAAUGCUCGAGAGUACUCCCGCUGUUCUAUCAAUGGGGAGGAGAUGUAUGAAAAUGGGAUAUUCAUUUCAUUGGCUGGCGGGUGCAAACCCCGUGUUCGUCAAGCCUGAUUCGAGCUUGAUAGUGUUAAAAGUCAUCGGGGAUAUCCCAUACAUGGUGGAUAGAAUGUCAACGGUUGUUAACGAAAGUGAGCGUAAUGACUAUCACAUCUAUCCUGCUAUGCCAGCGCCUCUUGCGAUUGAACUGCCCGUGCGAGGAAAUUCCAGUCCGAGGAGACUUGAAGAGAAACAGGAUGAAUGUAGCCCCAAAAGCGUGGACUCGGACACGGAUAGAGACACCGAAGAGGAACCGAUAGGAAAGGCCACCAACGAUGACGGGAGGCUACUAGACAAGUGGAUGUUAACGGGUAAUAAAGCGGUGUGUUUCCACAACAAGCCAAGAACGAAGACUUGUGAUCCAUGGUUUGAAACACUGAAAUUCCCAGAGAUACAUGCACUAGUGCCGCGAUUCGCCGAGAGAUGUAGAUCCAAACGUGUGUACAAAGAUGGCAAAACCGUGGCGGAAUGGAUAGACUGGGUGGACAAGUACAGUGAGGGAGAGAAUAGAGACGCGGAAGAGGACUUAUGGACAGGCAAGACCAUGUUCAAGAUAGAAGGGCUCACAUUCGAAGGAGCGGAUGCAGGAGAAGCGGUGCAGAGCGAUAGCGCGAAGGUGAGAAAACAUAUCUUGAAUAGAAUGGCUGCGGACGAAGACGCGGGGCUAGAUGACCUGACGAUGAUGCUGGACAAGAACAUCGGUACCGGUGGCGAGGCAGAGACGCUAGUCGAGAUAGCAAGGUCGAGGAACGGACCGGAGAGGUGGGGAUACUCAUUUAUCAGUUGGGCACAGAAGCAGGAAUGCCGGGACGACGAUAUCAUCAUACUGCGCGUGUGCAUGCUUGUGGUGAUAGGAAAGGACCCCGAGACGUAUUGGGAUGAUACGCCAGAAGGGGGAUACGCAUCAUUGUGGGCGACAGAAGAAUGGGAUAGGACGAGUGCCAUCCUAGGAACGAAGCUGUUCAGUUUUGAUCAGGGACCGAUGGGACCAGGGACUGGAGCGACGAAUGAUAGCAGUGAUAGAAGCAAGGGCGAGAUGGGCGAAUCGCAGAACUGGGCGGAGUGGGCACCGGGAUUACUGCGAGCCAUUAAGGCGGGACAAAGCGCACGCAAUAUGACGGAUGUGGAGUUUCAGCUCGUCCGCGGAAUGAAGAAGAAUCCGGAUGACGACCUAAGGAUCGCGGAGCAAGUCGUCGCUGUACCCGGCGAAGAAGAAAGCACCGAAAACGAAGGCGAAUUGGAUGUUGAUAUAGAUUUGCCCGGAAUAGCCGACGAAGAACAGGCCAGAAGAGGAGUGGGAGAGCCUCAGAAGGAUGAUAGCGCCGGUGGCAUGGGAGAAGUGGAACAAACAGAGGCAGAAGUCGGACCUGCAGAUCAAGUUCGAGUUGCGGAUAGACUUGGCGAAGGGAUAGGGUCGAGCAAAGCUGUGAGCAUCCGGAGAGCAAGAUACUCACCGGAGUAUGCAAAAUCGGCGGAACAUUUGCUCACGCAUCUCCCAAAGAACAUGCACUGCGUUGCCUGUCGACAAGGCAAAGCAAUAAACGUUCCCUUCAACAGGGGCGAAGGCAUCACCGACAAGGGUGCCGAGAAGUUCGGGGAGAGGGUCACUGCAGACACGAUAGUUCUUCGCAGCAACAAAGACAAGGGAAUCCGCGGAGAAAACAAUGCAAUCGUGAUGUUCGACUUCAAGACACAGUGGAUACACUGCACGCCCGUAAAGUCCAGGGGAACGGAUGAGUUUGUGCGAGCUAUCAAUGAGUUCCGAGGACUAGAACCGAAGUGGUGGCCGUACGCUGUGCAGACGUUCUGCUUCCAUAGGAACGUACAACAAGUGGACGGGGUAAGCCCGUACGGGAAAAGACAUGGCAACGAGCAAGACAAAGUGAAACUGAUUCCUUUCGGGGCACUUGUUAACUACCUCCCCAUUGCCGAAAAGCCUAGAAAAGCUGGCAAAGAGGACGCGGCCCUGCUCGAACGGGGGGAUCCUGAAAAUGACGCUCUUGAGAUUCUCGGAGCUGAUGAAGAUGUUUCGAGCAUGGCCUUGCCCUCUGAAACGAAGGAAACCAAAGAACAACGCUCGCAAAGGGAGGAAGAGCUGAGAGAGAUCGAUAGACGUGCGCUCGAUAUGGUCAUGACGCAGGACUUUGAUGUGCAGCAUGCAAAGGACCUCAUCCUGAAGUUCACUUCGAUAGAAAAAGGAAUAGCGAAGAAUUCGCGGAGCAUGGCCACCGGUAGAGGGUUCAUAGUCCUGGGGCUGUAUGCGUACGGAGGAAAGGUUGGCAUUACGAAUAGUGCCAAAGAAUAUCCGGGGAUAGCCAUGGUGUGCUGCGAGCUGAUAGCAAAAUGUUUCCCAGAAGCUACUUUUACAACGGUGAUUGUGUCUGUCGGAACCAGGAUGGGGCCUCACAAGGACAAGUUUAACGAGAGCCAGACGUACAACUUUGUUGUGCCGGUAAGCGAGAGGGCGGGUGAAGCUAUGAUCUGGACAGAAGAGGAACAGUGUGAGAAUGAGAGUGGCGACGCCGCCGGGAUAAAGAAAGAGGUGCUUCCGGGAAAAUGGAUAUGGGGAAGGACUCGGAAGGUUGAUAGUGGGCUAAAGUUCAAUCCAAGAGUUUGGCAUGCUACCGAAGAUGCCUUGGCGCCGGAGGAUAGAGUGAUAGCGGUGGGAUAUACCCUGGCAGCGGGUAAAAAGGCAUCUGUGGACGACAAGUGGAAGUUGAUGAGGCUGGGCUUCAGAUUGGAUGAGCACUUUGCGACAUUAGCGGAUGGCUUAUGCCAGGCAGCGUGUGCAGACGACGGUGGGGAUGGGGAAGAAUAUGUAGAUCACGACGCCGAGGAAGAGCAAGCGUAUGCCAUGGCAUCCAAGGCAAAGUUCGACACUCCGACAUCACCCGGAUUGUUCCUAGGUUACGCGCUCCAACCAGGGGGUGUUCCGAGCGGAGACUAUAUAGUGGUUGAGCUGGCGCACCUGUAUCACGGAUGGACGGUACCGUCGAUACACCGCGUGAAGAGGAUAGUACUUGACGAGGAGAUGCCCAACUACUUCCCGAUGCAAGCUGUGGCUGAUAGGAAGUCGAGAAUCAUGACAGCGACUCGAGCUGAUGCCCUGGCCAGAUUGGAACUGGAGAGAGAGGGGCAGCAAGGAGAGGAGACGGAGGAAAUCUUCGCAGAGGAGAGAAGGGUACGAGCCGAUGUGAUGAGACAAAUUAAGUGCGACGAUCAGCAUCUUCAAAACGGGGAUUUCUGGGAACAUGAUGAGAUAGACCAUUCGUGGACGCUUCAUCACAUCUUACCCCGAAAGGAGCUGUGUACCCCAGGCGAGGAGGUCAAAGGUACAGGUGGCCCCGGGGAUAGAGAGCUGGGUCCAAGGAGGCGAACGUGGAUAGUGUACGCCGAUGGUACAUCGGAGGUACUGGAUGAGGAUAGAAUGAAGGGCAAGAAGAAGAUCACCAAGAAAUGGACGGGGUGCACUACGUUCUGGGAAAAGGGGGAGCCUGAGGGAGAGAUAGAGGAUGAAGCCAAGGAGCGGGCGCGGGGAGAGAAGGCGACGGGUAUACGGGGGGUGGGUUUAGACUACGAACAGGACAUGCCCAGGAUAGAACGGCCGUACGCGAGAUCUCACAAACCCAACUCCAUUUCGUCGGCAGAGUGGAAUAGGAUGAGUCCGGGACAGCGACUGCGCUAUAUAGAGGGAGACAAAGAGAGGAUCAUCAGAGGAGAGAGGCCUCCCUCUGCCGUUCGAGGGCAAGAGGGAAUAGGACCGCGUCCCGCAGAAAUUGGAGUUCGAGAAUGGAUGGAGAAAAUCACCGACCAUGGCCAGGACUUCUCACCGCAGGAGUACCGAUGGGAUUCUCCAUCGGGAAUGCCUGAGGGUGGCCGAGUGUGGGCAGUAAGAAACAAUCGCGCCACAUCCUACCGAUUCUAUGGCGGAAGGGACAAAAGACGGCUCGAGCUCUGGUGGAGGGUCACUCGGAGCGCCAAUACUGGAGAGGUCUUAGAAUCCAUUGAAUAUGACUCAUGCAUACAGGCGGAGAUGAUGCGCAAUAGAGGGAGAUACCGAUUCGUUGUGCCCAGGGACAUCAUCACGGAGUUCUGGUACAUCCCUGACGGAGGAGAAGACCGACGAAUCAGGGAUAGAGGAGAACCAGCAGAACCUGCCGCACCGGCAUCCAGGAUGGGAGAUACUGAGGAGGUUGCGAAAACCAUCAAUCAAUUGUGCAGCACAGCUGGAAUAGCGCGAACGCCGUCCGACAACAUCAUUGGGGAAAUAAUGAGGGAGUUGGGCGAGCAGCCUAAAGUGCAGGUCAUGGGGGUCGGAAUAGAAGAAAUAGGGGAUAACGGAGGUGAGAACGUAUCUUGGAUAUCGGGGGAAGGAUGUGUGAUAGGAGAGGGUGUGACGGAUGUGGUCAUCGCUAUCGAUGCGUCUAGCGAGGGCAUGAGUGUAGAAGUUGACCGAAAGGCAUCCGGUUGGAGACGUGAGGAAGGUCUAGAUAGUACGCGAGAGGCUCGAGAUAGAGUGUUUGGUAAUAUAGAAAAGGUUAUCACCGACGCCAACAGCAGAGGAAUAGUGGCUACGACCAUCUGGAUAGGCGGCAAAAGUCGAUUGGCCGACGAGACCAUUGUUCGAAUGGCGCUUGCCUGGGACAUGUGGAUAGUACGGAGUGAUGGAUGCAUGCUGGGUAUGAAUGACGGGGUGGACGCGUCGUGUUACAUAGGAAUGGUCACACCAUGUAUGAUGAAUGCGAUCGCGGCGGACAUGUUAGCAUGCGAUCAUAUGCCAAGGGAUCAUGAGUUAAUGUCGCACAUGGUGAGGAUAUCGGACACGAAAAUGGACGUACAACGAGAGCAGGAGCGUAAAGCGAUACGCGAAAUGAUCAAGGUGAUAGAGGACGUGGGAAACAUCUGCGGCGAGGAAGAGGGUGACUCGGUGUCGAUGGCAUGUGAAGAACACGAGGGAGAAUAUCUCGGAUAUAGCAGUGGUAUGGUGACACUGGACGUGGACUCCUUGGCACAGCUGGAAAAGGGAACGAUUAGAGGAAACUCGUAUUGGGUGAUAGACAUGGAGGGAGACGACGAGCACGUCGACGAUGCUACGGAUAGAGAAGAUCAGACGCUGGUGAGGAACUAUGCUGCUGCGGCUGCCGAGGAUGGGGCACCGUACAUCAGUCGUGAGGAGCCCAGAUGGAAAAGAUGCAUAGUUAUGAAUAAUCCAGGCCGAGAGGCAAUGGGGGAGGUCUUCGGACCCCGGGCGAGACACAUACAGGACCUGCGCGUGAUCCUGGUCGACGGCGACGACAUAGGCAAGGUUAUGAUGAUGAAGCCAAACAGUCGCCGCACCAGACAUAGCACCGGAGGGGCCGCAGUAGCUUACCCUGGAGAAGAGCUCGAGGUGGGAGACAUGAACUGCAACGGAUGGAUAGUAGUGCUGACCGGGGAGAGGGAGAGCAGCGACACAGACCGACGCCACGACCAAGAUAGAGAGGAAAGCUCCGGAUUUGACGACCAGAGUGAUGUGUUUGAUUCAGAAGGAUGGACGCUGUCGGACUUGGAGGAGGAACGGGAACCUGUGGAUGAGGCAUUCUUCAGGGCCGGGCACGCUGAAACCAUCAACCUCGAGACUAUGGAGAAGGGCGAAUGCGACAUAGUCAUGUGGGAGGCAGAGAGGAAUGCACUGGUCCUCGAACUAAAGGACGACAUCCAUGUUCCGUUGAUAGGAUACACCUGGGUUCGUACUGGGAUAGCAUAUCCGGAAGAUCCUGGCACAAGUGUGAGAGUGUCUGCGCUUGGACAACUUGUGGCGGAAACUAUGUGCGACGUCAUAGGAUACGAGGUAUCACCUGAGCGAGAAAUCCUGGUGGCUAUACAGAAUAGGAAUAGCUUUCCCAUCACGUUUGGAGGAAGAGGGGGGCCAAUCAUGAGAAUGGAGUUCGCUAAGGGAGUAUGUCUGCGACCGAGGAUGCGCGGGUGCAUGAUGCCUGAGAACGUGAAGGAAGUGAGACAUCGUAGGGCACAUCGGGAGAGCAAGAAAGCAAUCUGGGCAAGAGAGGCCCGUGCGAGGGAAAGAGACAGGGAUAGUGCGGGUCAUGGACUGAGAGCAGGGAGGAAUAGAGAUGAGGAUAGGCGGCGAAUCGGCGUCAAGCAUGUCUCGGAUAGGGCAUACAGAUGCCGAGAAUGUCGACGACUGCUGGAGGGAAAAGCCAAGGUACCUAGUUUGAUCCUCACGUCGAUGACGCUAUGCUUCGCAUGCUUCAUGAACAAGCAUACUACGCCCGUUGAUAAUUUGAUCCGGCAGGGUUAUCAGACUGAAGACGAGGAGUAUGGAGAUGGAAUAGUCGCAGUCCCUGCUAUACAGGUGGAUGCAGAUCAAGAGGAUAGUUGGGAAGAGGUUGCGGAAAAUGAAGUGUGUGAUAGCAUCGACGAGACAGUAGGAGAAUGUGAGCCACUGAUGGCCACAAUCAUAGAGGACGAAGAGGAAGACAUCGAGGAAGUGUUCGGACUUGUCGCUAGACCCGUGACGAAAGCUGAGAGGGCGAUCAACCCCAAGGCUCGGGCAGCGCUUGAUAAGGAAUGGAAAAAGCUGAUGGAUCAAGUGGUCUGGAUAAUGGAGGAGGUGCGUUCGUGGAAGGACGUUCAACGGGAGGCAAUGGAUAGAGGGGAAAUAGCUCAUGUAGGUCGAUGGGAGAAGCUGGCGAAGAGAAUCAAGCUCGAAGAGCCACGAAGUAUGGGUAGGUACUUGGGAUGCUUGCACACGGCUAGCGCGAUACCUUUUCGGUCGCCGUUUGAGCCGAGACACGAGUGGACGAAGAUCAUCGAGCCCAAGAAGGAACCGCCUAACUUCGUGGGGAAGGCCGAGGCGCAGGAAGAUAGUCCAGAUGAAAUCAGGAUUCUUCGAUACGAUGUUACCGAUUUCAUGAAGCAGUGUGUGGAUAGAUAUCAAGAGUUGUGCUCGACGGCAUAUCCUAAGCCACUGGAUAAAGCUAAGACCCCAUAUCUCGACGAGAGCCGCCCAGAGUUCGACGAGAACCCAGUAGACGACAAGGUGAACGAAAUUAUGGGGAUAGCCAAGUACGAGCUGCCGGAUGAGGGGCCGGGAGUGUUGAAAGAGCACGCCCCUGCGGUACUCAUGAAGAUCUUGUAUGGGGCCAGAGUCGGAAGGUAUGACCUUCUGCGACCAGUACAGGUUCUGGCGUCGAGGCUGACGACCUGGACACAUCUCUGUGACAAGAGAAUGCAUAGACUGAUCUCAUACAUCAACGAGACGACCACAACGAGCCUCUACGGAUGGGUCGGGGAUAGGAUAGGAGACAUCCGUCUUGUACUAUACUGCGACGCCGAUCUUGCCAGCGACAAGAACGACCAUA